AAGUUGUAACCAGACAAAUGGUCAGUGCAUAUGUAAAAAUGGUGUAACAGGGAUAACGUGUAAUCGAUGCGCUAAAGGAUUCCAACAAAGUCGUUCACCACUGAAUCCUUGCAUACGAAUGCCAUCGAUACAUUUUGUCGAUUAUCAGCACGGUGUUGAGGCACGUGUUGUUAGUCGCGAUAAUGUUGACGGAUGGACGAAGUAUCGCAUAUUAAUUGAAAAGAUUUUUAAACGAGAAACUGGCGUGAGAAUUCGUCGAGGCGAACAGUCGCUUUGGAUUACAAAUGAAAAUUUCGCGUGUAAAUGUCCAAAAAUUCGAUUUAAUCGAAAAUACAUCAUUAUUGGUCGAGAUGAUACAAAUGAUAUUAGCCGUCCUGGAAUCGUCCUUGGAAAAAAGACGCUCUUUCUAGAAUGGAGCGAAGAAAUUCACGAUAAGAUCAUGAAAUUCUCAAAGAAGGAACAACGAGGACAAUGUCCCGCUCGUAGGAGAUUUAGAAUAUAG